AAAAACAUUUUAGAGAAGAGGUCUAUAAAAUUGGGUUUGAUAUGGUAUGUGCAGAGCUAUGGUGUGAGCAUUUCAUUUUACAGAGCUCCUUAUUUGGAUGUGGAUGUGGUCCAAGGGAAGAGAAUUCUGAGGCUGGAAAAGGUAGGUGAGAAUGGUGACGCAUGGAAGAGAGCUGAUGUGCUGUCUUUCAAAACAGGGCAUUGGUGGAGUCAUCAAGGAUCUCUUCAAGGGUGGGAUUAUGUAGAAUUGGGAGGCAAGUACUACCCAGAUAUGGAUGGCUUAGCAGCUUUGGAAAGUGGUAUGAAAACAUGGGCUAAUUGGGUGGACAACAAUAUUGAUAGAAGCAAAACCAGGGUGUUCUUUCAGGCAAUUUCUCCCACACACUACAACCCAAAUGAAUGGAAUGUGGGUAAGACAACUGUGAUGACAACAAAGAAUUGCUAUGAUGAAACUGCCCCAAUCAGUGGCACAACAUACCCUGGAGCAUACCCUGAACAGAUGAGGGUUGUGGAUAUGGUCAUAAGAGAAAUGAGAAACCCUGCAUAUCUUUUGGACAUCACAAUGUUAUCAGCAUUGAGGAAGGAUGGCCACCCUUCAAUUUACAGUGGUGAAAUGAGUCCUCUGAAGAGGGCUACUGACCCUAAUCGAGCUGAUUGCUGCCAUUGGUGUCUUCCUGGAUUGCCUGAUACUUGGAAUGAACUAUUCUACACUGCUUUGUUCUACUAAAUUAUAUACUAGCUAAUUAACAUUGUUCACUCAUAGUAUUUAUAUUUUUUGUUUUUAUUUCGGCCACCAAAUUAUCUUCAGUAGGUGGUGCAUUAAUUGAGGGUUGCAUAAUUGCAACUCGUUUCAACUGUGAAGUUAUGUAUGCUAAGGAAAUGAAAAAGUUUCUUUUUGUUCUAUUAAUGUAAAGUGUGAAUUACACUAUUAUAGUAUAAAUUCUAUCAGAGGUAUUAAUCAAU